AUGGCGCUGAGCGGGGCCGUGAGGGCGGCGAGGGGCAGGUGCGCGCGGGCGCUGAGCUCGGCGGUGUCACCGGGCGCAGGUGCCACCAGGGCCGCAGGUGCCACCAGGGCCGCAGGUGCCACCAGGGCCGCAGGUGCCACCAGGGCCACAGGUGACACCAUCUUCGCGCUGUCCUCGGCGCCGGGGCGCUGCGGCGUGGCCGUGAUCCGGGCCAGCGGGCCGGGCAGCGGCGCCGCCCUGCGCAGCCUCACCGGGACCCCCGAGCCCCCCGCCCGGGUCAUGGCCCUGCGGCGCAUCCGGGACCCCCAGAGCGCCGAGAGCCUGGACAGGGGGCUCGUGGUGUGGUUCCCAGGGCCCCGCAGCUUCACCGGGGAGGACUGCGCCGAGCUGCACGUGCACGGGGGGCCCGCCGUGGUCAGCGGGGUGCUGCGGGCCCUGGGCCGUUUGCCGGGGCUGCGUCCUGCCGAGCCGGGCGAGUUCACCCGCCGGGCGUUUGCCCACGGCAAGCUGGACCUGACGGCGGCCGAGGGGCUGCGGGACCUCAUCGGGGCCGAGACGGAGGCGCAGCGGCGCCAGGCGCUCCGGCAGAUGGAGGGCGACCUGGGCCGGCUCUACCAGCGCUGGAGCCACGCCCUCACCCAGGCACUCGCCCACCUGGAGGCCUACAUCGACUUCAGCGAGGAUGACAACGUGGAGGAAGAGGUUCUGAGCCAAGUGCGUGUCACCGUGCGGGCGCUGCUGCAGGAGCUCCGGGGCCACCUGCGGGACGGGCGCCGGGGGGAGCUGCUGCGGGGGGGGGUCCGGGCCGUCAUCGCCGGCCCCCCCAACGUGGGCAAGAGCAGCCUGCUCAACCUGCUCUGUCGGCGCCCGGCCGCCAUCGUGUCCCCCACGGCGGGGACCACGCGGGACGUGCUGGAGGUGGCCCUGGACAUCGGGGGGUACCCGCUGGUGCUCAGUGACACCGCGGGGCUGCGCCAGGCCACCGACCCCGUGGAGCGCGAGGGCGUGGCCCGGGCACGCGCCCGGUUGUGCCAGGCCGACCUGGUGCUGGCAGUGCUGGAUGCCACCUCGGUGUCACCCACGCCGGUGGCUCUGGGGGCGGCGCUGGCGGCGCUGGAGCCGCCCCCGGGCACCCCCUGCGUGCUGGUGCUCAACAAGGCCGACCUGCUGGGGGGGCACGGGGGGUCCCCGAGUGCCACCCCUGCCCCGGGAACCCCUGCCACACCCCUGUCCUGCGGGGGGUCCCCGAGUGCCACCAGUGCCCAGGGACAGGGACCCCCUGCCACCCCCCUGUCCUGUGGGGGGUCCCCGAGUGCCACCAGUGCCCAGGGACCCCCUGCCACCCUGCUGUCCUGUGGGGGAUCCCUGAGUGCCACCGGUGCCCAGGGACCCCCUGCCACUCCCCUGUCCUGCGGGGGGUCCCCGAGUGCCACUGGUGCCCAGGGACCCCCUGCCACACCCCUGUCCUGCGGGGGAUCCCUGAGUGCCACCAGUGCCCAGGGACCCCCUGCCACCCCGCUGUCCUGUGGGGGGUCCCCGAGUGCCACCGCUGCCCAGGGACCCCCUGCCACCCCGGUGUCCUGUGGGGGGUCCCUGAGUGCCACCAGUGCCCAGGGACCCCCUGCCACACCCCUGUCCUGCGGGGGAUCCCUGAGUGCCACCAGUGCCCAGGGACAGGGACCCCCUGCCACCCUGCUGUCCUGCGGGGGGUCCCCGAGUGCCACCGCUGCCCAGGGACAGGGACCCCCUGCCACCCUGCUGUCCUGUGGGGGGUCCCCGAGUGCCACUGGUGCCCAGGGACCCCCUGCCACCCUGCUGUCCUGCGGGGGGUCCCCGAGUGCCACCGCUGCCCAGGGACAGGGACCCCCUGCCACCCUGCUGUCCUGUGGGGGGUCCCCGAGUGCCACCGGUGCCCAGGGACCCCCUGCCACCCUGCUGUCCUGUGGGGGGUCCCCGAGUGCCACCGGUGCCCAGGGACAGGGACCCCCUGCCACCCUGCUGUCCUGCAAGACGGGCGAGGGGCUGGAGGCGCUGCUGGAGCUGCUGGCACAACAGCUGGCACAGCUCUGCGGGGAUCCCCUCCUGGGCUCCCCCAGCCUGACCCAGAGCAGGCACAGCCGCCACCUCGGGGCGUGCGCGGCGGCCCUGCAGCGCUUCGGGGACCUUGGGGACAGCGGGGACCUGGCGGUGGCGGCCGAGCAGCUGCGGGUGGCGCGGCGGGAGCUGGGCAGGAUCACCGGGCACGUGGGCGCCGAGGACGUCCUGGAUGUCAUUUUCAGGGAUUUUUGUGUCGGGAAGUGACGGUGGCGCUCCGUGGGGCGCGGUGUCACCGGGAUUAAACCGCGGUGCCUUUGGUGGC